AUGGAGCUCACUCACACCGACGGCAGGGGCUCGCUCAUGAAUCCAUGCCUCGAACAACGCCAGGCAACCGACGGGCCGCGGAUCCGAGAAGAUCGAACGGCACUCACCGGCAAUCUGGUACCACGACAGAGGGUCGUCCUGAUCCGCAGACUGGAACAUGCUCAUGGCCAGUAUGAACAGGUCCCACCUGCGUUGAUCCGCCUUCAGCUGUCGAACCUCGAGCCGCAAGGGAACGCUGCCAUUCGUCGCGAGCGGCAGCUUGCCGACGACGAUGGGCGUGGAAGCAUCCUGCCGCCGGGUGAGGCGAGAGACGUCCACGCCAAAGUCAUACGGCUGAGCAGCCGCCGCGAAAACGACGACGAGUCUAGCGGUAUGGCCAAGGAGAAGGAGCGCAGCGUGCUUGCCGAGCAUCGCACCGUGCCGACUCCGAAGAUCGUGGGGAUGACGAGAGAGAAGAUUACGGGGGAGGCGAGGGAAACGAGUCCGACGCAGCGCAAACGAUUGCUCAAAGACGACUACGAAGAGGGAAGCGACCGAGGGACUCCAUGCGGAUCAAAAGUAAAACGUCCAACGAGUGUAGGUAGGCCCGUGGCCGCAGUGCGAGAAAAGGAGCGUGAUGCGGCGGCAAAAAUGAAGGAAUGGCUCGUCAAACGCAAGAAGAAUGCGGCAGAGAAGCGAUGUGAGGCGAAUGAUGCCAUGGACGGAGAAAAAAGGCGAGACGCGAAGACGCAAGGAGAAGAAGGAGCGGCGACUGGUCGAACGAGGGGCCAUUUCAUUGUGCAGGAAGGCACGGGGAAUUGCGUGACAAGGAGAGGCUCGCACCUGACUUGA